UCAAAAUGUGGGAGCAACAGGUUCUGGUCUGUCUGGUGUUGCUACUGUCUCGAGUACUCUUGGUGUACUUCGAGCUUACAGUCCAAAUUCGACAUCAGCAUCCUCCAGUAAUUUGUCAACUGUCCAUAUGGGUGGACUAACAUGUAUAACUCAGCCGACGACAGAACUGGGGUCUGAGGAUACUGUUAUUGCACAAUUUUUGAGUAAUCCUGCCCAAGUUGGACCAAGCGAGUCUCCUGUCCUAUUUAGUGGAACAGUUGGUGCUGCAUCUACAUUUUCUCCAUUGGCAUCUAAUGACCUUCCUGUUAGUGAAAUAAGUGCUAUGGUGCCCCCUCCAUCAACAUCUGCUGAUCGUCUGGGACCUGUAUUACUUGGUUGUAUACGAGACGUCUUGUGGCACGGCCAUUUCUUAAGGUAUUUCUCGCUACAAUUAAUUGGUGACAACUCUGUUCUGUUCCACUACAGGUAUCUCUUGAUAUUGGACCGCACGAACUGGAAGACCAACAUGCUGACAGCUCUCUUGGUUCCUUACAUUUUCUUCACUCUGCCUAAUGUGUUGUUUUCUCUGAUCAGAGGAGAGGUGGGGAAAUGGAUUGCGAUUAUUGCUGUUAUUCUGCGCCUAUUUUUUCCGCGCCACUUCCCAGAUUGGUUAGAGCUUCCCGGUUCCAUCAUCCUGCUCACAGCGGUCGCCCCCAGUCUGUUCGCACACACCUUCAGGGACGACCUCGUCGGUGUCUUCAUAUGCCUUGCGAUCGGAUGCUACCUGCUCCAAGAGCACAUCAGGGCGUCAGAUGGACUUAGGAACGCCUUCAGGAAGGGCAAUGGCGUGUCCAACUCCAUUGGCAUCCUCCUGCUCUUCAUCUACCCUGUCUGGAUCGGGGUGCUGCGAAUCCUGUAGGCACUGUUGCCUCCGUGUUCCCGUCUGCUGUCCAGGCGUCCAGCUCCGUUGCCGUUCGUCUCUUGUGCAAAUGUUUCUUCUAUGGUGAUCGUGGUUCUGUGCUAUCGGGAUGGGAUGUAAAUCGAGAUGUUGGCCAUAUUAUCAGGCGGUAAACCCUUGCCGCUUCUGUUAAGUUGUUGCAAGUUUGAGGAUGGGUGUUUAUAGCAACUACUGUAUAUCAUUUGAUGUUAUUCCUUCUGAAUAUGAUGUCAAGCGGUGACAAAUAUUGAA